UGGAUUGGGCUGUUUUAACCAUUUAUCGUCUCACUUUAUCAGUGAUUUGUAAAACAUUAAGCAUUAACUGUUAAGGGUUACUUUUUGGCUACCUUCUUCCCUAUCACACAACUAAAUUCUACUUACUAUGUUAGGAAGCCAAAUGGAAGACAGUUCUCAGCUGUGUGUCUUUAGGACCGUUAUUUCACCCCUUUCAGCCUCAGUUUUAUUGCAGUCCACCCCCUGUACCCACAGCUUCCAUACUCUUGGAUUCAACCAACCGAGUACUGAAAAUACUAGAAAGAAAUCAAUGUAAGAGUAAAAAAAUAAUUCAAAUAGAAAAUAUAGGCGGGACCCGUAGCUCAGUGGGUAGGGCAUCGGCCACAUACACCCAGGCUGGCAGUUUCUAAUCCGGCCCUGGCCAGCUAGACUAUGAUGACAACUGCAACAACAACAAAAAAUAGCCAGGCCUUGUGGUGGGCACCUGUGGUUCCAGCUACUUGGGAGGCUGAGGCAAGAGAAUCGCUUGGGCCCAAGAGUUUGAGGUUGCUGUGAGCUGUGGUGCCACUGCACGCUACUGAGGGCAACAUGGUGAAACUCUGUCUCAAAAAGAAAAAAGAAAAUACAGUGUAACACUCAUUUACAUAACAUUUACUUGAUUAGGGAUUAUAAGUAACCUGGAGUUAGUUUAAAGUAUACAGGAGGAUGUGAGCAGGUUCUAUGCAAAUACUAUGUUAUUUUAUAUGAGGGACUUGAGCAUCCACGGUUUUGGUACAGUAUGUGGGAAGGGGUGCUCUGGAACCAAGCCCUGGGAGAUACCCGGGGAGUUCUGUCUUUGUAAAAUGGGAGAAACAAUGGCAUGGAGUUUGCAGGAUUACUGAGAAGAUGGCGUGAGAUGAUGCACACAGUAGGGCUGGGUUGUCUUAAGUCGUGCCCCGCCUAUUUUGCACGUGGCAGCACGGUCCCCCCCACUCCGCAGAGUGCCAGCCUUGAGUGCUGGGUCCCCCAGUCCACCUAGCACCCUGCUCAGCAGUAACCACAAACCACAGGGCAGCCUGGGCAGUCCUUGCAGUCUAGGGGUUCUCAGCAGGGUUCUGGGUGGGCCACAUCCGUGUCUCCUUUAGGAGCUGUGCCUCCUGGUGGGAGGUUACUGUUCAUUCGGCUUUAGAGGAAGCGCCUGGCGCAGAACAGGUGCAGUCUAGCAGGGCUGAGAAGACAUGUGCACCAGCCGGGCGCGUGGGCAGGGGCAGGAGCUGGGUGACCCUGCCCUGAGGACCUCUCUUGGGAGGCGGAAAUUAGGGUGGGGUACUGGCCUUCUAGGCUGGGCAACGUGAGUGUCCUUCAAACUUACUGGAGUUAAGGGUGUGGGGUUCUCCAGCCAAUAUCGGUGCCGGUGUGGGGGCCUCGGCCCAGCCAUCCCUCCACGGGCGGGUCUGGAUGGAUCCAAGUUGAGAAUUGGGGGCCGUCGCAGACCGGUCCCCACGAUCUAGGGGAAAGGCGGACUGUAGAGCGGAGAGGUCACCUUCCAGAGCCAGGCCGAAGCAGCUGGGAGGGGUACUGGCUGUGCAGCCAGAGCUGGGGACCACCACAGAAGGCAGGAGGAAGGUGCGGCGGAAUUCGACCAGCGGGGCUGGGGUCGCGUCUCGUCAUACCCUGCGGCCUACACAGCACCAAGCCCAGCACCCAGCCCAGGAUCUGGUGUGCAGGAGGAGAAGAAAGAGACCGCAGCAGGCUGGGCGCCAGACUAGCUGCCUGGGCCGGGCAUUCCGCCUCAACCCGGCCGGGUCGCCUCCGACUCCGCCCCCGGCCCCGCCCCGCCCCUGCCCCCGCUCCCGGCCCCGCCCCCGCUCCCGGCCCCGCCCCACCACGGCCCCGGGGCCAGGCGGCGCCGCCACGUGUUCCGACGCAGGGAGCCGCCAGCCUGCAGUGCUGAGAGCCAGCAGAGCGCUGGCCCCGCGGCGCCACUCGCAGUGGUGGUGGCAAGCAUGACCUCGGCGGCGGUGGCGGUGGUGGCCCGCGGGGCCAGGACGAGGGCGGCGGCUUUGGCCUUGCGGGGCGGCCGCAGGUCCGCGGCUCGGGGGCGGCCGUGCACGGGCCCCGCUCGGCCCUUGUGCACAGCACCUGGGACCGAGCCGGACAUGAAGCACUACCUGUGGGAGCGCUACCGCGAGGCGAAAAGCAGCACGGAAGAAUUGGUUCCUUCAAUUAUGAGCAACUUGUUGAAUCCAGAUGCCAUUUUCUCAAACAAUGAAAUGAGCCUAUCAGACAUUGAAAUCUACGGCUUCGAUUAUGAUUACACCUUGGUGUUUUAUUCAAAGCACCUGCACACACUGAUAUUUAAUGCCGCUCGGGACCUUCUCAUCAAUGAACACCGGUAUCCCGUGGAAAUCAAGAAGUAUGAGUAUGACCCAAAUUUUGCAAUUCGUGGACUUCAUUAUGACGUACACCGGGCAGUGCUGAUGAAGAUCGAUGCUUUUCAUUACAUCCAGCGGGGAACUGUCUACAGAGGCCUCAGUGCUGUCCCCGAUGAAGAAGUCAUUGACAUGUACGAGGGGUCCCAUGUGCCCUUGGAACAGAUGAGCGAUUUUUAUGGAAAGAGUUCCCACGGAAACACCAUGAAGCAGUUCAUGGACAUCUUCUCGCUGCCCGAGAUGACCCUCCUGUCAUGUGUGAAUGAGCACUUCCUGAAGAACAACAUCGACUAUGAGCCUGUCCACCUGUACAAGGAUGUCAAGGACUCAAUUCGAGACGUCCACAUCAAAGGAAUUAUGUACAGAGCAAUCGAAGCAGAUAUUGAUAAGUACAUCUGCUAUGCUGAGCAGACUCGUGCAGUGUUGGCCAAACUGGCUGAUCAUGGCAAGAAGAUGUUUCUUAUCACCAAUAGCCCCAGUAGCUUUGUGGACAAAGGGAUGAGUUAUAUUGUUGGGAAAGACUGGAGGGACUUGUUUGAUGUGGUCAUCGUUCAGGCCGAGAAGCCGAACUUCUUUAAUGAUAAGCGGAGACCCUUCCGGAAGGUGAAUGAGAAAGGCGUCUUACUCUGGGAUAAAAUCCACAAGUUGCAGAAAGGCCAGAUUUACAAGCAGGGUAAUUUAUAUGAAUUUUUGAAGCUUACUGGUUGGAGAGGAUCCAAAGUGUUGUAUUUUGGUGACCACAUAUACAGCGACUUGGCGGAUUUGACCCUAAAGCAUGGCUGGAGGACUGGUGCCAUCAUCCCGGAGUUGAGAUCUGAACUCAAAAUCAUGAACACAGAGCAGUACAUCCAAACCAUGACCUGGCUGCAGACCUUGACCGGAUUACUGGAACAGAUGCAGAUUCACAGAGAUGCUGACUCGCAGCUGGUUUUGCAGGAGUGGAAAAAAGAACGAAAAGAGAUGAGAGAAAUGACCAAAAGUUUCUUCAACGCCCAGUUUGGAAGCUUGUUCCGCACAGACCAGAACCCAACUUACUUCCUGAGGCGCCUGUCGCGAUUCGCUGACAUCUACAUGGCGUCUCUGAGCUGCCUCUUGAACUACAACGUCAACCACACUUUCUACCCCCGGAGGACUCCCCUGCAGCACGAGCUGCCCGCAUGGUCUGACAUGCCCUCCACCUUCGGAGCCCCUCGCCUGCAGGAGGCUCGGGCCAAGUAGCUGAGGAGCCCCCCACUCUGGGGAAAAAGCCAGAGACAGCGACCCCCAUAGGGUGGGCAUGACGGCCCUGACUUUAUGUGGGUCUGAGUGUCACUUCCAGGAAAGGUACAGACAUCCUUUUUGAUAUUU